UUUUCCCACACGGCACGUUUCACAAGGCAUAUUUACCCAUUGGUACUCCCUUGGGCAUUCACCAAUAUCAUAUAUUGUCUGUGGUAAAUGUAUCACAAUUCGUUGAUACUAUGCAUUUGGUUACUUCUGUUGGUUUUGCGAGCUGAAGGGCUGGAUACGGUGUCUCUUACCGGGGGUGAUGUUGUAUUGAGCAACCCAAAUGAGGAAAUCCAAGCCGAGUCGAAGGAUCAAACAGGACUGAGUGUGUCCGUAGUGCCGUCGGCGGAACAAACAAGACUGGAUACCUCUAUGCUGCCGUCCACAAGCACAAUCACAUAUGAGUCUGAAAGGGAGAAGAGUGAUAUAGUUUCCGUUCAGAGUGCGGUAGAAACAGCAAACACAAAGACCGAGGUUAGAGAGAUAACUACUGAAAUGACUAUUGAAACACACGGUAUUGACGUCUCAACGUCCGUUUCCGUGCAGGUGCAUGGAACCAGUGAGUCUGUGUCAGACGUUGCUAGUGUUUCAUCGGUUACCAGUGCUUUGUCAACUGCCAGCGCUUCAUCGGUUACCAGUGCUUUGUCAACUGCCAGCGCUUCGUCGGCUGCUAGCGCUUCAUCAGUUGCUAGCGCUUCAUCGGUUGCUAGCGCUUCAUCGGUUGCUAGCGCUUCAUCGGUUGCUAGUGCUUCAUCUGUUGCCAGUGCUUCAUCUGUUGCCAGCGUAUCAUCAGUUGCUAGCGCUUUAUCAGUUGCUAGUGCUUCAUCAGUUGCUAGUGCUUCAUCGGUUACCAACGCUUCAUCGGUUGACAGUGCUUCAUCGGUUGCUAGCGCUUCGUCAACUUCCAGUGCUUUGUCGGUUGCCAACGCUUCAUCGAUUUUUAACACUUCGUCGGUUGCCAACGCUUCGUCAGUUGCUAGUUCUUUGUCAACUUCCAGUGCUUCGUCGGUUGCUAUCGCUUCGUCAGUUGCUAACGCUUCAUCAAUUGCUAGUGCCUCAUCGGUUGCCAGCGUUUUGUCAGUGGCUAAGGCCCCAGACCCCGACUUUAGCCUCGUUUUACACUCCGACCGCAAUACCCAUAUCAUCCUCAAUGCAUCCCAGCCCAUCUCAGAACCUGAUGAAGCAGUCAACUUCCUCUCCUUCGAAGAAUGGAAGAAACGAAAAGUCAAUUCUGACCAGGAACUCAAGAAGACCCCGCCCAAGGCCCAUCGUGUGGUCAACAAGUUCGAAGAAAUUGGUGACGAGGGAGAAAUUAACAUCGGACUCUUCCGACAAGUGCCAGAAGCGGAUCUCGGCAAAACCUACAAAGACAAGUUCAACUACGCAUCCCUCGACUGUGCCGCCACCAUAGUCAAGAGCAAUUCUGAGGCCCGAUGCGCAUCUUCCAUCUUGCGAGAGAACAAGGACUCGUAUCUCCUCAACCCGUGCUCUGCCGACAAUCAGUUUGUAGUGAUCGAGCUCUGCCAGGACAUUCUCGUGGACCACCUCGUUGUGGGCAACUUUGAGUUUUUUCUGUCCAUGUUCCGUCGGUUGCGGGUGUCUGUGAGCGACAGGUUUCCAGUCCCGGCUACCGGUGGGGGCUGGAAGGUGUUGGGAGAAUUUGAGGCGGAAAACUUGCGUGAUGAGCAAACGUUUCCCAUCAAGAACCCGCUCAUCUGGGCAAGGUACUUGCGCUUAGAGGUGUUGAGUCACUAUGGUGACGAGUUUUACUGCCCUAUUUCAUUGGUGCGUGUGCACGGAAAGACCAUGAUGGAGGAGUACAAGCUCCAGGCUGAGGAAGUAAAGCCAGAUGCCCUCAACAUAGACUUUUCGUUGGACCAGAUCAACACCCAGGAAGACGAGGCCUGCCGCGUGACGUUGCGGCAAGUUGAGCUAGGCGACUUGGUCAAACAGUCGCAGGAGGAGGUAGAGGUGUGCCAGGCUCCGGAAGUGACCGAGGAGCCCGGGACGCAGGAGUCAAUCUACAAAAACAUCAUGAAACGUCUCACCUUGCUCGAAUCCAACGCCACCCUCUCCCUUUUGUACAUCGAGGAGCAGAGCAAGUUGCUCACGGAAGCGUUUACUCGCUUAGAGACAAGGCAGAAGGCCAAAUUCGACAUGUUGGUGCACAUUUUCAACGCCACUGUACACGACCAGCUCCACGGGCUCCAGCACUUGUACUCGAGCUUUCAGGCCCAGGCCCAGGCCCAGGCCGUCUUGGCCGAACACGGUGACGAACACCGCAAGAUGCUCCUGGGCGCAUCGCAGCACAUCACCUACCUCCAGUCGCAGCUUACGUUCCAGCACCGGUUGUCGUUGUUUAACACGAUGAUAAUCGUGAUGCUCGUGAUCUAUGUAAUUGUUACGCGGGAGACAAUAGUUGAGACUGAGUAUUUUGAAGAACACGAGGGCUGGAACCCGCGCGAUGUCCAUUCUCCGGUGGAGUCAUUUCGUCUGCACUUGGAUCAGGGUGUGCUGCAAUCUCCUGGGAAGAGCCUGACCCCGCGUAGAAAGACGAUCAAGGUUAAGCUUGGAAACCCUUUCCGGACGUCGUCCUCCAUAUACAUCCACGAUGGGUUUGUUUCCCACGAAAUUUUGCCCCAACAUACUAGUGAAUACACUGAUGAGAAUGUAUCGGAUAGCAUGAUCGACUACACCUUCAAUGAGGAUGAGGACACCAAAGAAGCUCUGGAAGCGCAAAACGACAUGAUCGACUACACCUUCGAUGUCACCAAAGCAGCUCUGGGAGCGCAAAAUGACACGCUCAAGGGGACACACAACACCGAUAAUAUGUCUGCAGUGGUCAGUCGGUCAUCCCAGACGUCGCAUCGCACAAUGUUUUCUGUUUCGCCGUCGCCUGACUGCGAUGAGAGGACAAAGCACAGUCACCCGCUCACCCCUGAGCACACCGAUGCUGAAGAAGAAGAUUAGCAUCAGAAACGUUCCGGUGAAUAUUCUUGGAAGGUACUUUGCCAAGGGUUUACAUCCCGGCGCGAUCCAAUUGCAUAUCAGAACCAUAUCUCCUGUAAUGAAUGACAUUAAACUCUCGGGAGACUGAGCAAAUUCGCUAUUGCAUUGGAGAGAUAGUGGGUACGAUACCACCAAGAUAGAGUGGUAUAUUCCCAUGUAAAUGAACUCGGAAUUACCGACCCUGGCUGCCUCGCAGAUGUAACACGGUAAAGGAACGCGUAUUAUAGAGUUAACAGCGUUUGAUUUUUUGUAAGUUUUUACUGUUAUUUGUUUAUUCAUUGUCCCAUAAUGAAUAUGUAAUUUGUAUAGUGG